CGUUGCUCCCCACAAAGACUCUGCCUUCCCCUGUACUUGCGUCCUGACCAUCGCCCUUACUAAAUCCACAACUGAUCGUAUACCUUAUCAGAUUAUCAGGACUCUCGACCAUCUCACGACCGAUGCCCAAAGUCUCCAUCGACCUCGAGCGAGGCGCCUCCAAAGGCCUGCAUGGCAACUACAAUAGCGCCCCCCUCCCCCUCCCCGCCUUUCGGCGGCGCAAGCGCUUUCUUGUACUCCUUCUCCUAGUAACCCUCGGACUCAUAGCUCUAUGGCAUCGCGAAGCCAUUCCUGGGGCUUCUUCAGGAAUUCGGUGGGUCAAGGACUCGAUGAAGACAAACGGAGCACCAGAAGAAGAGGCAGCGUCCCGCGCCGGCGCUGGGGAAGUGGGAGGUGGGAAUGUGCCGGUGGUGGAUAACGCCGUUGCGGCAGUCAAGUCGGCCUCUGCUCCAGUGUCAGCCGGUACAUCAGCGGCAGUAGCAGCAGCUGUCCAUGUGAGCAAGCCUACAACUGGCCAAGGUACCGAAGCCUUCCGGAAGCUCGCAGCAGAGCAAGGCUACACUCCCGCCGAAACCGACCGGCUGGCCGCUUUGGCUGCCCCCAAAGUCCUCACCGGCCCACCCACAUCAGAAGAGAAGAUGUUGCUUCUCAUGCAAGCACUUACGAAUUACAGAUAUAGCGUUCCGGAAGAUGGAUGGAAGAGUCAGCUGAUGCCGGCGAGCCCGGGUGAAUUCGCUAGUCGCUUGGCAGAGGUGCAGGGAGCGGAGGGCAUUGAUGAUGUAAAGUUGUACAAGGACGACCGGACCAGGUGGAACGUUAUGCAUCGAGAGCAACAUCCCCUCGUCGUCUUCAGCAAGUCAUACUGUCCCUACUCCAAAAAAGCCAAGUCCCUCCUAACCUCUCUCGGCGCUCACUACACCGUCUACGAAGUGGACCAACGACCUCAUGAUGCCAGCUCACUCCAAGAAGCUCUAGCGGCCAUUAGUGGUCAUCGAACUUUUCCCGCCGUCUUUGCUCGAGGAAGACUACUAGGUGGAAGUGAUGAAUUGGCUAGAUUGAACAAGUUGAAUGUUUUAAGAGGAGUGCUUAGUGGAGCUGGAGCGCUUUGAGGAUUGAGGAGGAGACAGGAUUCAGUCUGGAACUCUAUUCCAGACACAGACACAGACACAGACACAGAAAAUGGAAUGGUCGAGGCUGGACCUGGAUCUGGACCGUUUGCUGUCGUGCAAUGUCGUGUCGUGUCGUAUCGUAUCGUGCGUGGCCUGGGGCAAACGCCUAACAUGCUUCCUCUCUGUAUCUUUAUUCCUCCUUCUUCUGUAUCUUCCUGCCCUGCCCCUCUGCCAUCUCAUGAUGGCCCAAUACCAUGGACAAUUCAAUUCACUCUUUAGUCUCAAUCUCAU